AUGUACGACUUCCACUACACCGUCGUCAAGAGGCGGUACGGUGACAAAGCCAAACUUCAAUAUACAGACACCGACUCGCUAACGUACCACAUCCAGACGACCGACUUGUACAAAGACAUCAAAGACAUGAUCGAUCUGUUCGACACCAGCGACUAUCCCGAGCCCAACCGUUACAACAUGCCUCGAGUCAACAAAAAGGUACUAGGGAAGAUGAAAGACGAGCUCAACGGCAGAAUCAUGUACGAGCACUCGAAAGGAGUCAAAAAGACAGUGAUCGAAAACCAUCUGACCUUUGACGAUUACAAACAGUGUCUGUUCGACAGAGGUGUACAGUACGGUUCGAUGAACAUGAUCCGGAGCUUUAAACACGACUUGUACAGCGUUGAACUGAACAAAAUUGUUCUGUCACCUCACGAUGACAAACGCUACAUCCAAGACGACGGCAUCGGGACUCUGCCCUGUGGACACUACAGCAUCCCCGUAGAAGUUAUGGCUGAGCUGGAAAUCCAGUCUGCUCUGUCGACACAGUGA